AUACGAAUCAUGGCGACUUUGACCGGUUUCACGAGACUCUUUAAUUUUGCUACGAGUACAUGCCUCAGAAGGAUUUCACCGACUUCGGUUUACAAACAGUACUAUCCAGCUCUAAAAUUAUGGGAUAUACCAUCAGCUAGUUACAGAACUACAUACAAGCUACCUUGGUUUCGCGAACCACCAAGCUGUCAAGAAAUAGUGCCAGAGUAUGACGAGAAAAAAGAAAAAGAAGCUGCUGUCGUAAUAAAUGAGAUUAACAAACAAAUAAAUACACAAUCGACUGGCCGCUUAUUCGCGGUUAUACAUUUGUGCGGAACGCAAUAUAAGAUUACAGAAAACGAUAUUAUAAUUGUCAGUGGUCACUGGCCACCCACCAUAGGAGAUAAAUUAAAGCUGGAGAAAGUAUUACUUGUCGGUGGUUUGGACUUCACGCUCAUCGGAAGACCAAUUCUGAACAGGGAAUUAGUAUCGGUCGAUGCUACCAUAAUUCAGAAAACUUUAUCUCACACGAUAACUCGUUUCAGAAUGAAAAAGAGAAAACAAUUUCGUAGAAUGAAUUUUUACAGAAUACACCGGACAAUGCUAAGAAUAAAUUCUAUAACUAUAAACGGAGAUAUCGACAAAAAGAAAGAAGUGGAGGGCUUGGAUAGAAUAUAUUGAACGAUAAUAAAUAUAAUGCAAUGUACUACUGAAAUACAUUCUUAACACUAGAUUUACGGGCAUUGAUCGCACGUAUAUUUAUUGAUACCUUUCAUGUUGAUUACCUUACAAUACGAUUUUUCUUUUAAUUAGAAUAUGUAUUCAUGCCAGUGCAUCAACCAAAUUCGACAUAAGUUGUUGAAAAAUAAUAUUUAAACGUUCUGAAAUUUUAAAUAUGGAAUCUAGACACCCGUUAAAUCGACGGUUUCCGUAAAUCUAGUGUUAAAAAUGCCCGCGAUAAUAA